AUGGCUCUGCUGAACACCCAGCCCGUGGACUACCCCAGCUUCAAGCUUGUCCUCGUUGGCGACGGUGGCACUGGGAAGACGACGUACGUGAAGAGGCACAUCACUGGGGGAGUUCGAGAAGCGAUACGAACCAACAAUCGGGGUGGAGGUGCGCCCUCUGGACUUCACCACGAGCCACGGCAAGCUGAGGUUCUACUGCUGGACACCGCCGGCCAGGAGAAGUUUGGCGGCCUCCGUGAUGGAUACUACAUGAAUGGUCAGUGUGCGAUCAUCAUGUUUGACGUCACCUCAAGCUCACCUACAAGAAUGUUCCCACCUGGCACAGGGACAUCAGCAGGUGGAUGUGAAGAAUGGGCAGGUGAAGGCCAAGUCGGUGACUUACCACAGGAAGAAGAACCUCCAGAGUACUACGAGAUCUCUGCCAAGAGCACCUAUAACUUUGAGAAGCCUUUUCUCUACCUUGCAAGGAAGAUCGCAGGGAACAUGGACCUCGAGUUCGUCGAAGAGAUAGCCCUCAUCCCUGCUGACGUGACCAUCGACGUUGCUGCCUGCAGCAAAAGAUUUACAAAGAGAUCGAACAUGCUGCAGCGAUUCCCCUGCCGGAUGAGGACGAUGAUAACAUGGAUUGAGGUACAAGAAGAUGAAGAUGGCCAAAUGGGUGGCAUGACCCAACAUGGUACUAGUUCGUUCAGGCACGACGCUAAGGAGCACGAUUAG